AGAGACCCUUGACUGGGCCACAGGCAUGAACUAAGAGUGCCGAAGACCCAGGAGAACGACUGGUCAGGUCAGCACCCAACUCCACAGGGAGUAAGAGGGAGCUGCAGGCAGAGCAGGCUGAAAGUCCACCAAGGGCUGAGGCCACAAGGCCUCUGGGGCAGCCACAGUUUUCAUGAUCACAUCAUACGGGACUGGGAAGCAGAUAACAUGAGUGACAUGCACAGGGCUGGGCUGAUGCUAAGAGGAGGCAGCGUGUGGCUCGAAGAUUCUUGAACUCACAGCAGCAGCUGCGGCCAGCCCAUCCUGCCCACAGCUCCAGCCCUGAGAGGACGAGGAGUAGACUCAACUUUGCCUCUUGCCCAAGGGGCCAUGCCCAGGUGCCGGUGGCUCUCCCUGCUCCUCCUCACCAUUCCCCUGGCCCUGGUGGCCAGGAAAGACCCAAACAAGAAUGAGACGGGGGUGUUGAGGAAAUUAAAACCCGUCAAUGCCUCAAAUGCCAAUGUGAAGCAGUGUCUGUGGUUUGCCAUGCAAGAAUACAACAAAGAGAGCGAGGACAAGUAUGUCUUCCUGGUGGUCAAGACACUGCAAGCCCAGCUGCAGGUCACAAAUCUUCUGGAAUACCUUAUUGAUGUAGAAAUUGCCCGCAGCGAUUGCAGAAAGCCUUUAAGCACUAAUGAAAUCUGCGCCAUUCAAGAAAACUCCAAGCUGAAAAAGAAAUUAAGCUGCAGCUUUUUGGUAGGAGCACUUCCCUGGAAUGGCGAAUUCACUGUGAUGGAGAAAAAGUGUGAAGAUGCCUAACAGUGUUUUGGGGCAUCCCUCCAACCUCUGCAACUACUUUAUCCAUGAAAAUAAAGCAAUGGCAGGUGGGAGGCUGUUCCCAAUGUGCUUUCUUCAUGCA